GGCUCAAGGGUUGGUGUGGGUCUACCAGUCGGUGGAAAAGGCCGCUGGGUCAAGGGGCCACGAUGAGGCCAUGGGUCAAGUCUCAAGCGAUCAAGAUUCGCUUCACAGUUUCAUCCGUUGUGGCUGCUACGGGCAAUCGGCCUACGACUAUGAGUUCACGCCGCUGGAGCACGAAGUGUGGCCGCCAGACCUCGUGAGCUCGUUGAGGCAGCCUGACAACCUGGACCCUGAGAAGGGGCUGCGAUCGCGUCCCUCCGGCAGCGCUUGGGCGCUGGCGCGGCGCCGGGUCUUUGCUUCUCACCUGAAGACGAGCUUUGGUAGCCACCAUCGCAUCGUCCGGCAGGUGGGAGAAGGGACCUAUGGUCACGUCUUCGAAGCUGAGACCUGCAUCACAGGCAGCAGUUCCAUGCCCUCGCGCCCCCGGCGCGUGGCCGUGAAAUGCUUUAAGCUCCUUGAGGCAGGUGGACGAGACGCGUCAGGCAUGGGCCAGACGGCCAUGCGGGAGAGCUUCGAGAAGGAGCGCGCCAUCCUGGCCAGGCUAGAGCAUCCACACAUCGUGAAGAUGUAUGAGUGCUUCGAAGAGCGCCAGUCCCUGUGGGUGGUGUUGGAGCUGUGUAAAGGCGGAGAGCUCUAUGAGUACGUGGCUGCCUUGGCACAGAAUCGUCGAACUGAAGGGGGCGCUCUUGAAGAGCCACAGGCAAAGCACUACUUCCGGCAGAUGAUCCACGCGGUGAGUUUCCUGCACAAGGUCAGGAUCGUGCAUCGCGAUAUCAAGACCGAGAACUUCCUUCUCAUGGGUGAUGUGGGCACUCCUGAAGGCAGCAUCAUUAAGCUGUGCGACUUCGGCACCGCAGUGCAGCUGAGCCCGCAAAUGCCUCGGGCCAUGGGGCGUAUUGGCACCUUGUCUUACACUGCGCCCGAGAUCUACGCACGGCUGGGGGCGGAUCUGUGUGCCGACCUUUGGUCCUUGGGCGUGGUGCUCUACGUGCUCCUGGUUGGCGCCAGCCCUUUCCGCAUCACCGGAAACGAGAGCCGGGCGGAGACGAGCAAGAGGAUUCUGGCAGGCAGCUACGACACCUCCCGGUGCGGGUGGAUCAAGUGCUCCGAUCAAGCAAAGGACCUGAUUGGCAAGCUGCUGACUGUGGAGGAGUCUAGGCGCAUAGCAGUGCGGGAUACCUUGCUCCAGCCGUGGAUGUUGCCAGCUUCAACCGUCUCAGUGGCAACCCCUAUGGCGGUACUUCCAUACCAGAGGUCCAUUCCGUCCGUGUCACCCAUCUCGGACCAGGAGAUGAUUUGGCCGCAGCUUGCUGUCCAUUGCCAGCCACUGCUGCACCUGUUGCUUGCCUUCUCGCGGUUAGAUCCUUUGCAGCAACUCUUCAUGAUGGUUUGCGCUCAGGUCACACCAGACACGGAGCUGCUCACUGCUGGUCUCCGCCUCCCUUGGUAUGACUUGUUCUUUGCCUUGGAUGAAGAUUGCGACGGUCGUUUAGGCCUCCUGGAGCUGCAACAAGGUCUCGAGCGUUUGGCGAAGAUGGCGCCCCUCCGACAGGAGAUCAACAUCAAGGAGCUCUUGGAGCGGCUUGAUGCCGGCCACCACGGCUUCGUGGGUUGGGUCCAAUGGACUGCCGUGGCGCUCACCGCAGUGCCCAACCUCGCUACGGAGCCAGAACCACUUCAGACGGUCUUCAGGAUGAUGGACCGGCCUUCAUGUGAUGGUAUCAUUUCUGCUCUUGAUUUGAUGGCCUUGCUCAAUGAUGGCACAGGCCGUGCAGCUGCAGGACUCCACGAGGAGGCCAAGUCCCUCCUGGAUCAGUGGUCCAGCCCAAACCAGGAUGGCUUAAGCCUCCGGGAUGCGCAGCGUUUGUUGGAGGCUGCGGCGCAGGAAUGUUGGCUGCCUGGUGCAAGCCUGCAUCUGAGUGGGUUGGAAGGC